ACAAAGAAUCAGACAUGACUGAAAUGCCUGAACAACAAAGUGGAAUGGCUAUCUUUGAGAGAUGGUGGGUUCCCUUUCCUUAGAGGGUUUCAAGCAAAACUGGGCAGAAACUUUGUCCAGUCUUUUUCUAUGGGGAUUUCUUCGGUUGCACCAGAUAACUACUGAGCUCCUUCUCCACUCUCAAGUUCCCUAUUUCAGGAAAAGCCUGGGAUCAUGAAUACAGAAAACAAAACCAGUUCUUGAGAUGGAGAAUGGAAGUCUUGACCUCAGGAAUCAUUUAGGAUGAUACCAGUCAUUAAAAUAAAACCCAUGUAACUAGAUGAGGAUCAUGGGAUCCCUGCUCUAGAGCUGGAAAGAUCCUUGGUUUGACAGAUAUAGAAACUGAGGCCCGAGUAACUUGCCCAAGCUUUUUCUAAUACACUAGUGGAUUCCCCUUCCCUGGAAGUCUUACAGAGAGGAGUCUUUUUCAGUUAAUCCUCAGAGACCUCCAGCUCAGGGACUCUAAUUGAGGGAGUCACAGCAAUUUUCCCCCUGCAGGCUGGGAGGAUGUUAAGGAAGUGGGGCAGAGGUGUGAGCAGUGACCAGCCCCACUGAUAUAGAACCUUAGAAAGGUCAUCUAACCCAGCUCUGUCAUUUUACAGAUGAGGAAAACCAAGGCUUGGAAAAGGAAAGUGACUUGCCCAGUGUCACAGAAAUAAGAGCUAAGAUUUGAACCCAGGGUCCACAAUUCCAAACCCUGUUCCCUUUCCACUACACUAUUUAGGGAACAGGAGAAAUCCCAAUCGAUCUCUGUUAAGUUAGGAAGGUAGGGCAUGAAGAAAAAGAUUUGGAUCAGCAAUCUCUACCUUGCCCCUGGGCCCCGGAAAACUUCCAUUUCCAGAAAACUGAAGCCUUGCAUUUGGAUGACAAUGUUUUGGGGAGCUCUUGGGCCCAGAGGGAUGGGAAGAGGGAUGGAAGGGCUGGUGGCCUGAAACCUAAGGGGAGGGACUGAUUAGUUCUGGAGGACGGGCCAGGUCUGCCUUGAAGUCACCUUGUUAGACUAGCUUCUCCAUGGGGGGUAGCGGUGGGGAGGAUGGGGUUAAGGAGUGUCUCCUCCUCCAUUCUCCUCCCUGCUGUAGACUGGGGAAAUUCCCAACUCUGACCCACAGUUUCAUCACUAGGAAGCUCAGCGCAGGCUUGGGAAAUUUGGUUUCCUAUCGGUAUUGAUGUGGGGUGUCAGAGCUGAGAAGGAGGCGCGUAGAACAGGGAAGGCAGAACUUGACUCUGGGGACACAACUACCUUACAGCCGGGAAGGCACGAGUUCCCCUUCAGCUUCCAGUUGCCCACGACUCUGGUGACCUCAUUUGAAGGGAAGCAUGGGAGUGUUCGUUACUGUGUGAAAGCCAAGCUCCAUAGACCCUGGGGUACGGCCAAACGGGCCAGGAAGGAGUUCACUGUGAUCGAGCCCAUUGACAUCAACACUCCUGCUCUGCUGGCGCCUCAAGCAGGUGUGAAAGAGAAGAUCGCCAGGGCCUGGUACUGCAAUCGAGGCCCAGUUUCCAUUACAGCCAAGAUUGAUAGGAAAGGCUAUACCCCAGGUGAGGUCAUCCCCAUCUUUGCUGAGAUAGACAAUGGCACUAGUCGGCCCGUUGUGCCCAAGGCUGCCAUUAUCCAGACCCAGACCUUUGUUGCUCGAGGGGCCCGCAAGGAGAAGAGAUCAGUGGUGGCGAGCAUUGUGGGGGAGCCCGUUGCUGCAGGGAAACGAGAGCUUUGGCAAGGGAGGGCACUGAAAAUUCCUCCCAUGGGACCUUCCAUUCUGCAGUGCCGAGUCCUUCGUGUGGAUUACACUCUCAAGGUGUGUGUGGACAUCCCAGGCACAUCCAAAUUGCUCCUGGAGCUGCCCCUUGUCAUUGGAACCAUCCCCCUGCAUCCAUUUGGCAGCCGGACAUCCAGCGUGGGUAGCCAGUAUAGUGUCAAUAUGAACUGGCUGCAUAUGGCCAUCCCUGAACAGCCUGAAGCUCCCCCAGAGUACUCCGAAGUGGUGUCUGAGGAGACCAGCCCAGGCCUCUCGCCUCCGCCCCAGGAGGCUGGCAGCAGCCAGGCCCUGGAGGGCCCCUUCUUCGCCUACAUCCAGGAAUUCCGCUACCGUCCGCCUCCCCUGUACUCUGAGGUGGAUCCAAAUCCUCCCUUGCAGACCAUUCGGCGGCGAUGCAUGACGUGUUGAGCCCUGAGACAGCGUCUUGAUUCUGACCAGAACCUGUCCCCAGGAUCCAGGGAAGGCUUCCCAACUGGAGCGAGGCCCAGGAGCCCCACCGUUCCACGCCAGAGCAGGCAGCUGAAGGGAGCUCCGGCCUUGGGUGGCGAUGGCAGGGAGAGGGGAGUCUGCUCUCCAUGACUUUAGGACCUGGCUGCCGAGUUCCCCCUUUUUCUCCGGCCCCAAGCUGCUUUCGGGUGAAGGUGGUCCCUGACGUGAGAUCAUCUUGUUCUGUUCCAAACUUCUCCUCCGACUUGGAAUUAGGAGAGCAGUCCUACAUGAUCUUGAAGAUUACAGAGAUGAUGUCCCUUGAGGGGUCUAAAAGGAAAGCUGUGACUCCACCAAAGGCACCUGUUGACUACACAUGAUGGAGUCCCCACUAGAAGCAGGGCCCUCUCAUGCCCAGACUGGGGCUCUCACCUACAGACUGCCUCAAUUUGGACUGAGGACCCCUGAGAAGGCUGGGAUAGCAAGGGCUUAUGGAGCUGGCCCUAUCUACUGAGCCUAAGGAGGGGGGGAUGGAGUUAGAAGAGAAAGAGCAGACAAGGCUUUAAGAGGGAAGCAUGGUCUGGGGUGCUAAAGGUGAGCAUGGCUGGGGCUUGAGCAGCCCCCGUGAAGCUGGUGCUAAAACUGGGCAGGACCAAAGGGGUUUCCCCUGCCCACCUGGGUCUCAGAGCCCAGGUGGCUGCCCACCACAGUGCCCAACUCAAACCUAGGCAGUGCUAGCUCCUUCCUUUCAUGAGCAAGUAUACAUUUGGCCUUGACUGCAUACACACACUCAUCUGCACUGUGGUUUUGAUAAAAAUCAAAGAACAUUCAGGGGAGGUUCCUUCUCUUUUUGUACAGUUGUUUGAAAAUAAAUAAAGGUGAAUACCAGGUUUUCUACUGAGA